AUGAUGAUGCAAGCUGUUUUCCUUCUCUUGAUUGUUACAUUUUCAAAGUGUGCAGUCAUAACCGGGGCCUGUGAAAGAGAUCUACAAUGUGGAGUUGGAUCUUGCUGUGCAAUCAGUUUGUGGUUACGUGGACUAAGAAUGUGCACCCCAAUGGGACAGGAAGGAGAGGAAUGUCAUCCAUUCAGCCAUAAGGUUCCCUUCCAUGGUAAACGCCUUCAUUACACCUGUCCCUGCAUACCUAGUCUUGUUUGCUCAAAGUUUCUCAAUGGAAAAUACCGGUGUUCACUUGAUUUUAAGAAUAUGGACUUUCAAUAA